GACAGAUUAUCUGCCAGGCAGUGGGGCGUUCUCGCACGUUCGGCUCAGCAUAAAUCGGGAAAGCUGAUCAUGCUGGAUUUUUAUCCAAACCAUACAAUCUUUUUCUCGAAUAGAGACUUGAAGAACCGAGCUUGAUCAGGAAUUCUUACGAUGGGUCGUAUCUUCUGGUCUUUUUGAUGGAGAUCAACCCACAUAACGUGUGGCCCUGUGGGCACUCAGUUUUGUAUUUAAGAGGGAUGGUUCAUAGACCACCAAAGGACCAGGAGCAUAGUGUCAUGGGUGAUAAUAUAAUUCGGACUUUCAUAAUAUCUUGCUCCAAUGAUUUGUGCAGGGAAGAAGAUUUUCCUUAUGAAAAUGAUUUAAGUGGUGCAUAUUCGUAUCAAAAACUGAAUAUUCCAUUAGGCUUUAUUAUGCGAACUAAUAGUCUGAUAGAGUUUGACAGUUUGACUGGCUGUUGGAUCUUACUUCCUAGUUAUCAACACUGGAAAUGUAUAAUUUGUGAAUCCUCGUCUGGUUUUACUAUUGUUCAUCUUCUGACAAAUGGGUGGACCAGUUUGAUAUGUACAGAUGAGUUGUUGGAUGAUAUAAAUGCUCUACGAAAUCAUCUUGUGCCUUCACUGAGAUGGUUAUAUGGUGUCUCUUCAUUUGCUUGGAGUGGUGUAGCCAAAGGGGUCUACCGCAAAUGUAAGUGAAAACCCAGUACGUAUAUUCGGAUCAAAAACGAAUAUUCAUCCUGCGUUCGGCAUAUAAAGCUUUCGGAGCUGGGAUUUUACAAUUCUGUGGAGGGUUGAUAUUUGGAGGCUGGAUUAAAUAUUGAAUUGAGAGAAGGAGAUGGGAAUUGGAUGGAACUAUGCUGGUUUUGUUCUUCUUGUGGUUUUUCUCUUGCAUGCUGGAGACUUUUGUGAUGGUGGGGUGACAAGUAGUUUUGUUAGAACAAAAAACAUAUCUGCUGAUAUGCCAUUAGACAGCGAUGUGUUCCAAGUGCCUCCUGGUUAUAAUGCUCCUCAACAGGUUCACAUAACACAAGGGGAUUAUGAGGGGAAUGCCGUGCUUGUGUCUUGGACCACUCCAGAUGAGCCAGGUUCAAGUACCGUUCUUUACUGGGCUGAAAAUAGCAAGACCAAGAGUCAUGCCAAGGGCAUUGUUCUUACCUACAAGUACUUCAAUUACACUUCUGGAUACAUACAUCACUGCACCAUCAAGAACUUGACGUUUGACACAAAAUAUUACUAUGAGGUUGGAAUUGGGAAUUCUACACGACAAUUCUGGUUCGUAACUCCUCCCAGAGCUGGCCCUGAUGUUCCCUACACUUUUGGUCUCAUAGGGGAUCUUGGUCAAACUUACCAUUCAAAUAGAACACUUACUCACUAUGAGUUAAGCCCAAUUAAAGGACAGACAGUAUUGUAUGUUGGGGACCUGUCAUAUGCUGAUGACUAUCCAUUCCAUGACAACGUCAGAUGGGAUACAUGGGGAAGAUUUACAGAGAGAAGUGCUGCUUAUCAACCUUGGAUUUGGACUGCAGGAAAUCACGAAAUAGAUUUUGCUCCUGAUCUUGGUGAAUCCAAGCCAUUUAAGCCUUAUACAAACCGUUACCAUGUGCCAUUUAUAGCAUCAGCUAGUACAUCUCCAUUAUGGUACUCAAUCAAGAGAGCUUCAGCAUAUAUCAUUGUCAUGUCAUCUUACUCUGCAUAUGACAAAUACACUCCUCAAUACAAAUGGCUUGCAAAUGAGCUACUCAAAGUGAACAGGACUGAAACACCAUGGCUUAUUGUUCUUAUUCAUUGUCCAAUAUAUAAUAGCUACAUACAUCAUUAUAUGGAAGGGGAAACCAUGAGAGUGAUGUAUGAGGCAUGGUUUGUGGAAUACAAAGUUGAUGUUGUCUUUGCUGGUCAUGUUCAUGCCUACGAACGAUCGGAUCGCAUAUCCAACAUUGCUUACGAUAUCGUAAAUGGGAACUGCACUCCCAUACCUAACGAAUCUGCUCCUGUUUACAUAACCAUUGGAGAUGGAGGAAAUCAGGAAGGAUUGGCGACUGGCAUGACAGAGCCGCAGCCAAGCUACUCAGCUUAUCGUGAAGCCAGUUUUGGUCAUGGCAUUCUGGAUAUUAAAAACAGAACCCAUGCUUAUUUUGGUUGGAAUCGUAAUCAGGACGCAUAUGCUGUAGAAGCUGAUUCAGUAUGGCUUCAAAACAGAUACUGGACCUCUUUAGAAGAAUCCUCUAUAGCGUCAUCAUGAUCAAGAACAAGUCAGUUAACUCAUAUGGAAAAUUCUUGCUUCCAUCUCAAAUCAAAUGUUCACUGUCCCAUUUGGUAUCUUCCCAUUGUAUCUGCAAUUCCUCAAAUGUCUCUUGCAUUCAUUCUAAAGAAAGGAAGAAUUUUGUAUGGGUUCAAUCUAGUGAAUAUAUCGGCCAAUUCUGAA